AUGGAGGGCGCGCUGGAGGCGCAGAUGUGGAGUGAUGCUGUCAAUCAGAACAAUAAAACAGCCCUGUUGGCCUGGGUGAAGGAGACUGGCAUCCAACUGGUACAGGUCAAUGGUCAGAGGAAGUAUGGAGGCCCUCCCUCAGGCUGGAUUGGGGAGCCCCCUCCAUCUGGCUCAGAGGUAUUCAUUGGAAAACUCCCUCAGGACAUCUAUGAAAACAAACUAAUUCCUCUCUUCCAAAGCGUGGGCAAGCUGUACGAGUUCCGCCUCAUGAUGACCUUCAGUGGGCUCAACCGUGGCUUUGCCUAUGCCAAGUACAGCAAUCGGCGCAGUGCGCAAAUAGCUAUUGCUGCUCUGAACAACUUUGAGGUGCAGAAGGGCUGCCCCAUCAUGGUUUGCAGGAGCACUGAGAAGUGUGAGCUGUGUGUGGAUGGCCUGUCAUCCUCAGUGGAGCAGGGCCAGCUGCGGACACUGUUGCAGGAGGUGACCACGGGGGUCCUGAACAUCUCCCUGUAUCCCAGCCCCUCCCGGAAGGGGGGACAGCUCGCAGUGCUGAAAUACAACUCCCACCGAGCUGCGGCCAUGGCCAAGAAAACUCUAGUGGAAGGUAACUUGGGCCUGUAUGGAGAGGAAAUUGAAGUGGAUUGGCUGAAAGUAGACAUGAAGCAGAAACUCCGUGCCAGCACAGAGAGAACCUUCCCAGAAAGCUUGCAGCCUGGUGGCUGCAAGAGUGGCAGUCCGAGCCAGACGCCUCAUGGUGCCGUGACGUGCCCUUUGCCACAGGCAUUCUGCGUGUUAGACUACCUGAACGCACUGUGCAAGAAGCAGCGGCUGGGAAUCCCGGUGUUUCUGACUAAAUGUGUCCAAGCGAACCCUGACGGCUGGCUGCGGUUCUGGUAUCAGGUGGUGAUUCCAGGUUACCCAUCCCCCUUCAGUGGGUUUAUGUGGAUCAAACCUGAUAAGUCUGGCUUGAGUGGACAUGACAAGGCCAAGAAUGCCAUAGCGCUGCAGCUGCUCAAAACUUUGGGGUGCCCGGUGGUGUAG